AUGAUGACGCUGGUUCUGAAGCCUGGUCAAUUCAGUGUUAAGGUAAUUUAUGGGAUAAUGAAUGCUGCUCCCACGAAGAGGAUGGGUAUUCUGACAGUGAGUGAAGUGCGAAAGGAAGUCAUUUUUUUAUUUGGUGAUUGCCACUUGGUUGCAUCUUUUGGUGCUUUGUCAGGCUUUCCUUGGUUUGCACCAUCAGAAAAUAGACUGGGGUUCUGGAUUAAAGGUCGCGAGGACAUGGUAUUUGUCAUUGAGUUUGAAGAUUAUCAGAGCAUGAUGGCGGUGCACAAACUUGUCGACAGAAAUCAAAAUGUAAAUCCAGCUGAUGUUGAAAGUGUUAAGAAGUGGCUUGACAGAUUCACGCUAGAUGCUUCAAUGGAACCGACAGCAAAACGAUCCAGGUUAUCUAAUCCAUUGAGUGGUAUUACGUAUGGUCUUAUGCAGGUUGAAAACCCUUUAAUCCGGUCAAGAAAUUCCGCCGGAUCGCGUGGAGUGAGUUUAGCAAGCUUUUAUGAUGGAAUAUCUCCAUCUGGAAAAGAUCGUAGCGGUAGUAUUGGUGUUUUGGGAAUUGGUAAUGUGGAGACAUCAGGAUUCGCAAAUCUUGGUAAUACAUGUUAUAUGAACUCCAUACUCCAAGGUGUAUUCGCGGAUGCUAUUUUUACAAAAGAUCUUUUCAAAUUUUGUAAAAUGGUCGAGGAACUUGGCUUGAAUUUGGAUGAAGAAAUGCCAUUAAGUUUAGCAGUUGCUAAUCUUGCAAGCCGACGUCAUCGCGCCACAAUUCAGUUAAAGAAAGCUCUUCUAGAAAUGAUCAAAACUAGGGCGCAUUUCUUGAAUAAUGCGCAACAGGAUGCUCAUGAAUUCUUAGUUAGCAUUUUGAAUUACAUCCAAGAGGAAUGUGAUAGGAUGUUGUGUAAGCAAUAUGACAUUGCGGAUAAACAAGAACGAGCCAGAAAAAAUCCAGUGACAUCGAAUUUUGCUUUCGUUAUAGAAUCCACCAUAAAAUGCAACAGAUGUAAAACUGUUACAAAGAACGAAGAAGAAAGUGUUAUUUUGCCGGUCUCAUUCCAGAUGCUGGAGCAAGAUGUUGCUCGAUGUCUGAUCGUAUUUUUAAAGCGCUAUAUGUUCAAUGCAUCCGUUGCUGUAAAACGUGAGGAUAAAGUUGGAAUUCCGUUGUACUUGACGUUGAAUGAGGGUUUUGUCGAAGAAGCAGCUCCAUUUCCGCCUUUAUCGCCAACUACCAGGAAUAUCGAUUUCAAGACUGCUAAGAAGCUCAAAAUAAAUUUGUUUCGGGGUAUCAGAGAAUUUUUCAACAACACGUCUACGGAUGCAGAAGGAGUGAGCAGCUCAUCAGCUGAAGCUGCAGGACCGAGUAAAACUGGAACUCCAAGAUUUCUUCCAAAAUCCAUCACUCCAAGCUCUUCUGCGAGAGCUAUUCCGGAAAUUAUUCAUACUGAGAGUUGGAGAGCUUUAAAAACUGAUAGGGAGAUUGCAUCAAGUAAAUACUAUCCGCCAAGUAGGGAUAAAGUUCCUUUAAAUACAGUUGACAAGAACAUCGAUAAGAGCGUUAUGUCUGGCAAUAUGCUUACUAGUGGCGAUAAAAAUUCAGACGAUUUACUCGUGCAUUCUAUGCCUAUUCCGCACAGCAGUGUUCUUGAUCACGAUUACAUCCGACCUGCUUCGUCCGAAGGUAAAAGUCGAAAUAUUGCGAAUGAGCGUGUAUAUUAUUUCAUUGAAACAUUAAAAAAAGCGAAAAAAGAGGAAAAAAAGAAGCCGGUUGAUUUGAAAAGUUUGUCAAACGAACGAUGGAAGGGCGAUCUAAAGGCCGUCGCAACUGAUCUAGACAGUCUUACUGUAGCUAGUGCUUCACGAGCAACUGCAGACCAUGGAGAAAAAGAAGCUGGAGAAAUUGAAACGGGCAAGAAGGCUGCAGUUUCAGUUCCUUACAAUGCAGCUGGAGAGUGCAGUGCAGUUUUUGACAGUGCUGAUAGUCACGGAAAAUCAGAACAACCUACUGCUGUACAUCAUCUCACUACUAAUGUGAAAGUUAGAGAGAAUUAUUUUGCUGAUUUAGGGUCAAAAAUCAAUGUUCUUACACCGGAUGGCAAACGACCUUUUCAAUCAGGAUCUACUUUAAAAGCAGAACGUUCACCAAUGUCACGACAACAGGGGUUGCUUUGCUCCUUUUCUAGUAAGGGACAGCUAAAUCAACCACGCAUUAAAAAGCGUUCACCAAAAGAAGACUAUACGGAUGAGGAUCUGUACUUCAUGACUGAAGAAGAACAAAUUAUAGCGGCCUGUAAACGUAGCAUUGCUGAUCAAUUGGAAAAAGAUAGUGGAACUUCUGCGGAAAUAUCGCGGGAAAGCGAUGAAGAGAGAUCGCAUGUGCAGUGUACAGAUGAGCUGAUGAGCCAGAAAUUGUCUCCUAAUACUAGCGAACCAAAAGACUACAUACGAAAAGUUGAAAAGGAAGAAAGUGAACAAAGCGUGAAUAAACUGAUAAGCCAAAAAUCACAAUCCUCGGACACUAAUGUAGAUCUUAACAUGGAAGAAAUAGUUACAGAAACGGGAGAUCAUCCAGGAAAUUUAAAAAAACAAGGUGACCAAAAUAUUCCUGAAACUGAAGGUGUAAGCGAACCACUUGAAUCCUUCGAAAACAGAGAUCUCAACCUGGAAGUAGAAGUACCCACAGAAAAGAAAGAUUUCCCAGAGAGAUUUAAAAAGCAAAGAAGAGAAUUUAGAAGCGGGUGGAAUUUUAAUUCUAACGGUGCACAAAAGAUAGUUGUCUAUGAAGAUGAGGUUGGAAUUGAAGCUCUAGAAGGACAAGUAAACACGGCUCAUGCAAAUGAGGAAGCAAUGCAAGGAGAUGACCAACCACUUGAAUUGCCCGAAAAUAUCGCACCAAAUAAUAACAGCAAUGAUUUAUUUGUGUACGAGGAUACGAAUCAAAGUGAUGAAAAGCCCAAGUUCUGUCCCGAAUACGUAUGGAAAACUUCGAGAAAUAUGGAUAACACUGUUGAUGAGAAUGCGAAUGGUGCAGCAAAAGGGACGGCUUUAUCCAAAGCAGUUACGCCUUUAUCAGUUAAAUCUCCGAAUGAUGGUAAGGACUCCAAACUAAUGAUCAAAUCUGCAAAUAAUUUUGACGUAGAAUGCGCUGGAAACUCAGAAGAGGAAUCAUCGCAGAGCACUAUCAGUGACGAUCUUUCAAGCACAGACGGAAAGGAAGUCUUCGAUAUAUUUGGUCCACAGCCAGUUCCAUUCAUACCGUUAAGCUGUGAGAAUCGACAAGCCAUUUGUAUGUAUCUUGGAAUGGAUUUCAAUGCCGAUUGGAUGCAAGUUUCAAUUCCAAUUUUGAAGAUGGAUAUAUCCGACAAACCACUUCAACUGGUUGAUAUCGAAGGGGAAUGUAACUGUCUCUUUCAUUCGCUGGCUUUUUAUGUUGCUGGUAGUGAAAGCGAUCACAAAGUGCUCCGAGAAUCUAUUAUUGGCUUUGAAAUGGAACAUGUAGAUGAAUUCGCUGCAAUAAAGGAUUGGACAUAUGACAACUGGACUUGUCAUAUGAGAUUGUUAGCAGAAACUGGUUUAGGAGGUGAUCUGGAACUUUACGCUUUUGCAACAAUGUUUAAUGUUGAUGUUUGGGUUUUUUACAAGGAACAGUGGCUUUGUUAUAGACCUAAGUUUCGGAAGAUCGGUGGCAAGUGGGAAGAAAUAAAUAUUGAAGACUAUUGCAUUGGUGAAAACGAGGGUGUCUAUCUGAUGUACGACCAUUGUCUGUUUUCUCCGGUGGUUACACCUUCGAAUGAAAUCUUCCUCAAAAAUAUCGUACUCAGCAACUCAGAUGAUAGCAGUGAUACCAAUUUUAUGCAAGAAAAUGCUCAACCGGAGGAUGUUCAUGACAAUAACGCUGAUGUGAUUUGUGAUGCGGCUGCUGCCACUCAUGAAGAUAACACGGGGGCGUCGUAUCGACUAAUAUCUGUCGUGAGUCAUUUGGGACAAACAGCAAACAGUGGUCACUAUAUAUGUGAUGUUUGGUGUAAUAAAUCGAGACGCUGGUUAUUCUGCAACGAUGAGUCAAUCGCACCUAUUGAUGAAAAAUCAGUGUUGGACAGAUGCCGUUGUGGAUAUGUCUAUUUGUACCUUAAUAGGUGA